AUGGAAAAGUUUUCAGGACUUCUAAGUCUCUGGAUUUUUUUCAGUUUAACUUCUUCAACAAGCUUGCAAGUCAUUAAAGCUCAAAAUUUUGGAAGUUCUUCAAGCUAUCUGUCUUCAAAUUCCAUAACUUUUCCAGCUGACAGCACCGGUUCAAGUUGUUACUAUUCCAGUAUUUCUACUUCAUCAACAAUAUCCCACACAAAAGACCAGACCCUUUAUCAAACUGGCUUAUGAGUGUCUUUAGAUUCUCAUUAUAAAUUCAGUAUAGACUUAGCUGAUGGAGAUUAUGUUCUCAUAUUAAGAUUUGCCGAAAUCCAAUACGAUUCUGCAGCUUCCAGAGUGUUUUCCAUGAAUUUUUGCGGUCAGUCUCUAUUUGAGUUUCUCGAUAUUUAUCAGUUAACAGGAGGCAAAAACAUCGCUGUCGACUUUUUUUACGAGUUCAGCGUAUUAAAAAGCAUAGUAAAAUACCAAUCCUCUAAUUAUGAUCUCACUAAAAAUAAAGGACAGCUUGAUUUUGAGAUUAUUUCAGUAAUCGAUAAAGGUAUAAUUAAUGCUUUACAAAUUAUCAAAGGAAGUUGUAAAGAAACAAAAAUUUGUGAUAAUUGUUAUGAUCCUUUAUGUAAUAAGUGCGACUAUACCACAGGGAUUUGUGAAGAAUGCAUAUAGAAUUUCCCAUAAAUAGCCACAAAAUAAUUUAAAUUGUUUUUUAAAUUAGUGAAAAAAUUGUAGGAAAAUCCUAUAUAUAAUGCGGAGCUUAAUGAUAAAAAUUAUUGUUCAUGUCCAAGUAAAGCAGAUGAUGGGUCAAUUAUAGCGAUUUUAAGUGCCCCAAAGCAAGCUUGCAGUGCCUGUAUGGUAAAAUUGGAUGGGACUGGAUCAAUUGGGAGUGGUGGCUUGAAUUAUGCAUGGAUUGUUGAUGGUUUAACAAAAUCAACAGAAUCUGUAUUUUAUUAUACUGUUCCAGAUUUAUCAGUUCAGACUACGACAAAUGUGACUUUAAAGGUUACUGACUCAUGCGGAUUUCAGAAUUCUACUUCGUGGACGAUUUCUAUUGUGAAAGAGUCUGUUAUUGUCGAUAUACUAAAAAGAAUAGUACGGCAAAUUAUAUAUUUUAUAUGCUAAAAUUAAAAUAAAGUUGCAAAUCCCAUAGAAAAGUAUAUAAAGGAGUAUGAUUUGUCAUAUGAUACUAGUAAAUACUCAAGCUUCUCUGCAGACUCCGUAGCUGUAGGCAAUGGAACUGUCCAGAAAUAUGAAUGAUCUGUCACACCUCUUGUAAAAGGUUUAAAGAAUCCUAAUCAGAAAGAUAUUUCUAUACAAUUCCCCAGCCCUGAUACAUAUAGUAUUUCUUUAACAGUUUUUAUGGAUAAUGGCAAAUAUGGAGGUGAUGUUGCCACAAUUAGUGUAAUGCCAGAGGUUCCAAUAAUUUUUGUGACAGGUGUUAACUCUACUUAUAAUAAUUUUACUACAGUAACAUUUAGUGCUACUUUUUUAUAUCAGAACGGAACUUAUAGCAAAAAUUAUGCCAUUGAUUACCAGAUAAGCUAUGGAUGUCCGAAGUGAGCAACUUUUCGUAGAGUUGGCAAUGGGGAUUUUGUAUUUAAAAGCUAUGGUGAAGUCAAAGAUUAUUAUACAUGCUAUUUUUAUGUAACAGCUGAAAUUUAUUCUGGAUUUAAUGCCUCAACUUUGUGCUAUUUAAAUAUAACAUCUACGCCAGUCCCAGAAGUCUACGUCACUUAUCCUAACUCCCCCCCCUCCGUGAGUGAACAAAACCAUUAGAAAAAUCCCUAUUUUUUGCCCAAAAACCCACCCUCCGUGAGUGAACAAAAAAUUUUUUUAAUAAAAAAAUUUUUUAUGAAAAAAAAAUUUGAUAUAUAAAUGAUAAUUAGUAUAAUGAAAUCUAGAGCUCCCUCUGUUUAAUUUUGAACGAAUUGCUUUUUUAAAACAUAAAUUUUAUAAAUUUUGCGAAUUAGGAUUUUUUUAAAUUUCGAAAAAAAAUAUUCUUAUAAAAUUUAUAUAUAAAUGUUUUUAAAAAAACAAAUUAAACCCUCUGUGAGUGAAUAAAAUUUUUUUGUUCACUCACGGAGGGGGGGAGUAAGUCAUACUUCGACCCAACCGCACCUAUAAGAUUUAUGGCAAACAUUCCAGACCAAACAAAUCUUGUGUUUCACUGAGAACAAACUGACAAUAACACAAAAAUUGAUCCAGCCAUUCUCAAUACCCCUAGAAACCAGUCUUCUUAUACCAUUCCAGAGCGUUGCCUUGAGCCUCAAAAAGAGUAUGAAUUCACAAUUCAUGUAAGAAAUACAAAAACAAAUGCCACAGCAGACGUUUCGACAAGAAGAUGGGUUAAUAGUCCUCCAAAGUUUGGGACGUUUACAGUUACUCCAACCUCAGGGACAGUUUUAGAGACUCCUUUUAGUACAGUUUUCCAAGGAUUUGUGGACCCAGAAAAAAACUUGCCUAUUUCUUAUCAAAUUUUUCAGGUGCAAAGCAAUGGGAAAACAGUUGCUAUUACAUCAAAAACAAGCAGCAAUAAUUUCAAUAUUACAAUUGGAGAAAGCAACGGAAAAGUUCCUUUAAUUGGUAGAGUUUACGAUAGCUUAGGAACUUUUGCAGAUCUCAGCUUUAAUUUAACAGUUAAUCCUAGCUCUGUUGGUUCAAAUGACCAAGCUAAAAACCUAUUAAAUAAUGGAGCAAAUAUGGACCAAACCUUAUAUUUAUCUAGCAUUGUCGCAAUAUCUCAAUAUACAUUCCAAAACCCAACUAGUGGAGCAAGCACAGAAAGUGUUGUCAGCACUUUAUUGCAAGCGCUAAAUAAUUGAUCUGACAGUAAAGAAAUGACUGAUAUUGACGUAAGCACAACUUUUGACGUUAUCAGCGUCUUUCUCAAUGAAAGUACUAGCUAUGGUGAAGAAUUAAUACAGAAUAUCAGUAAAAGCUUAGAUAAUGCUUUAAGCAAAGCAGACACUCUGGAUGAUAACACUUAUAAGGUGUUUAUAAAACAAGUGGAUAUUGUUUCUGGAAGAUCUAGCCAGAUUUUGAGCAAUGGGGAGAGCAAAAAUAAUAAUGCUACUUAUGCAGAUAUAUGGGCAAAACUCACGAACUCAGUCAGUCUGUCGUCUGAAAAAUGCCAAAAAAAGACAAAUCCUAAUGAGCCUAUUAUAGAAAUCCAAGGAGACACUUUUAACGUAACUUUGGAAUCUAAGGAUUAUAAAACAGUUAAAAAUGUGAAUUAUUGAAACACUAACUUAUCUAAUUGCACAGUUGCUUUUGAAACAGAUGCAGCCAAGGACUCUGGAAAUAUCGUGUAUCAUAUUCCCAUUAUAACCACAAAUAAUUUUGGUAACGUCUCUGCUAGUAUGCAACCAAAUUUACCCAAAUUCUUCCAAAUAGUAAUCCUUGCGAAAUAG